AUGCCUUUAAUAUCGCGGACAGCAGUAAAACAGGAUGACAGCAAACAGCAGCUUAUCGUCGCUGUCUCUAUCACGCUCCUGGCGAUGAGCUUGAUAGGCGUCACUCUCCGCAUGUACGCAAGAUUAGCAGUGCUGCGGAAAGUCUUCACGGACGAUGUGCUCAUAUUACUUGGGACCAUCACAGCCUUUGGCCUCUCAGCUUGCGUCACGACAGCGACUUACAACGGACUCGGCGACCAUGCCUCGCAAAUAACGCCAACAGACUUGAAUGCCCUGCGGAAACUCGCAUUCGCUUCAUUACUUUUCUACGUGGUCACCUCGCUCCUUGUGAAGACGAGCUUCUUGAUCCUAUACCUUCGACUUGACCCAAGACCGGCGAUGCGCGCAUGUGUCUACUUAUUGAUGUUCUUUGUUGGAGCUCAGAACAUUGCGUUUUUCGUCGUGCAAGCUCUUUCUUGCAUACCACUGAACUUCAUUCCGGUCGACGAUGAGUCGGCUGACCGAAAAUGCUGGAGCUCGGAGACGAUUCAGCAAUCUUUUAAUAUCAAUGGCGUUCUUAUCGCAAUUAUCGAUACAGCGCUGUUCAGCAUUCCUCUGUAUAUGCUUUAUGGGAUGCAGCUUCCAACACGUCAGAAAAUUGCUGUCGGAGCUCUCUUCGCGCUGGGCUUCCUCCCAAUCGUCGCUGGUGCUCUUCGAUGCUUCUACACCUGGAACGCUAUUCAGUCAGAGGACAUCUACUACGACCUUUCCGAAAGUAGCAUAUUCGUCCAAGUCGAGCUACAUCUCGCUAUUCUCUGCGGCUCGGCUUCGACUUUCAAAGUCCUGCUCAAAGGCCUGUCGCCCAGCUGUUGUCGCAACAACGAUAGCGACCGACACUCGUGUGCCGAGAUGCAUCAGGGAGCAGUGGAACUCCCAGCACCAUGGCCUCUGGAUCAGCACAAGUUUGCACAAACGUCAGAAACGGAAUCGCCAGUUGACACCGAGGGCAGCUUCAGGACCUGGACGCCGCCCGUACCAGCAAUUUCUGAAGACGAGAAGAAAUCAUCUGAUCUUACGCCAUUUCGUCGACUAUCGAAAAUCAUGAACCGGAAAAGCGCAGAUGUUGCAAGAUUGCCAGCAGAGCUGCAACUCCGGUUUCCAAGUAUUGAGAGCAGACUUGGUGGGCGGCACGCAUGGCUGGAGGAAGCCACUGGAGUAAAGAAACCCCAAGCGGAGAGGUGGUCAUUAAUACACACGAGAACGAUGUAG